CUUUAUAUAAUACACAUAAGUCGAUCAAUUAAUAAAAAAUUAGAACAAGCGCACACAUCACUCUCCGUUUGUGUGACUUUGAAAGCGGCACCCGAAAUCUACUAAAUUUGAAAAAAAAAGAUAUAAAGAAAAAAAAUUAAAAAAAAAAAAAAAAAGAAACCAAAUAUAACAAAAAACAUACAACAAGUGUCGCGACUUUUGCUUUCUCAAUGCAUUUUUCUUUUAAUAAAUCUUCUCAAUGAAUUGACUGUAAUGUCCAACCGACCAACUAACUAACUACUAUAUGGAUAUGUGUUUGUAUGCUAAUGGUUCAAAGAUAGAUAAGAAGUAUUUGUCUUCGAUUUUAAAAUUCGUUUCUAACCAUUUACUUGGCUAAUUGCGGUGAAUAUAGAAAAUUUGAAAAUUGUAAAUUAUAAUAAUUAAGAGAAAAAAAACAUAAGAACCUGUUCCAAAGUGUUUUCGAUCUCCUUCUCACGUUAGCGGCAUUUUUAAUUUUUCGCUUUAAAGCCGAAAAAAAGUUCAAUUAUUUUUGGUUUUUUUUUAAUAAAAAUUUCUGCGAAUCAUUACAUUAAUUGCUUACUUGACAUGAAAUUGUCGUCGAGUUAAACGUUACGACAUGCAUGACAUGCGUUUAGUGCGAUAUUUGCUUAAGCACCUUUUUAUACCCAUCACCGGAAGAUGAAGAGUAUAUUGAUUUCGUCAAAUCGUCUGCAAUACCCAGAAGGAAGCUCAGAGACAUCAUGAAAUGUACUUGUGUUCAGGGCAAGCGUUCUACAGAGACAAAAAAGAUUAGUUGACCAGCAAGACUACUUGUCUUCUCUUUACUUGCAUACCGCGCAACGCACUAGAGAGAUUCGUCACUCUAAACCCUACUACUGCUCGCCUUUGGAACAACCUAUCAGCAGUGCUUUUUCCCAUCGGCCAAGUAUAUGUGUAUUGCCUAAAAUUGCUGAUUUCUUACUUUUCAACGAUUGUCGGUGCAUUCUAGUAAAAAUGACGGGUUUGCGGUUUGCGUGGUUUUAUAUAACUGCGCUUUUGAUUUUAACAUCAUUUGUGGCGGCUCGUCGUCACAAUUUAAAAAUCUUAGGUUUAUUUCCGCAUCCCGGUAUAAGUCAUUUUCACUUUUUCCAUCCCAUUAUGAGAAGUUUGGCGGAACGCGGUCACGAAGUCACCGUCGUCAGUCAUUUUCCCGAUAAAAGUCCCCCAGUGGGUUAUCACGACAUCUCUUUAGGUGGCAAAGAAACUUUAGCGAACAUUGUCGACUUACAGAUCUUCGAAAACCGCCGCAUUUACAAUCAUUUUGUUGAGUUCUUUAUGCUGUACGAAUGGGGAAAGGUCGCCUGCAAUCAUACAAUACGUUCCGACGCCCUGACCCGUUUAAUGCGUCAAGAUAACAAAUUUGAUGUCAUAUUGAUGGAACAGUUUAAUACGGAUUGCAUGAUGGGCGUCGCCCAUUUACUACGGGCACCCGUUAUCGCUCUCAGCAGCUGUGCUUUAAUGCCAUGGCAUUAUGAACGAAUGGGCAGCCCGAUUAUACCGUCUUAUAUACCGGCAUUAUUUUUGGGUCAAUCAGAAGAAAUGUCCUUGCCGGGACGUUUAGCCAAUUGGAUUUCAUUUCAUGUUCUUAAACUAUUAUAUGAUUAUUAUUCCAUACCAGCGGCCGAUGCUAUUUUGCGUUAUAAGUUCGGCCAAGAUAUGCCAUCGGUGGGUGAAUUGGCCAAAGAGACAGCAUUAAUGUUUGUUAAUCAACAUUUCUCGUUAAGUGGUCCUAAACCAUUACCGCCAUCUGUAAUAGAACUGGGCGGUGUACAUAUACAAAAGGCAAAGCCUUUGGAUGUUGAAUUGCAAAGAUUUCUAGAUAAUGCUGAAUAUGGAGUAAUCCUUAUAAGUUGGGGAUCUAUGAUACGGGCAGAGACCAUGCCAGCAGCUAAACGCGAUGCCAUUGUUAAGGCAGUCAAACGUUUAAAACAACGUGUUAUUUGGAAAUGGGAAAACGAUUCUUUAAUUAAUAAACCGGAUAAUAUGUAUAUUAGCAAGUGGUUGCCUCAACGUGAUAUUUUAUGCCACCCGAAGGUUAAAAUUUUUAUGACGCAUGCUGGCUUGAUGGGCAGUUCAGAGGCGGCGUAUUGCGGCACUCCAGUUAUAGCCACGCCCAUGUAUGGAGAUCAGUUUCUUAAUGCAGCUGCAAUGAUUCACAGAGGCAUGGGCAUACUUCUCAAUUAUGAAGACAUUAACGAGAACAACGUUAUCAAGGCCUUAAAGAAAGUUAUGGAAAGACAAUAUCAUGAAAGUGCUAAAGCAGUUUCCUAUGCAUAUAAACACAGACCGCAGACGGCUUUAGAGACAGCCAUGUGGUGGGUAGAAUAUGUAGCCGCCACUGAAGGUGCCACUUUAUUAAAAUCGCAUUCAGUGCACAUGUCACGUUUUACGUACUACUGUUUAGACACCUAUCUGGUUCUAAGCAGUGUGACAACUUUAUCGAUUCUUAGUUGCUUUGUGAUUCUCCGUAAAAUUGGUUUAUGGCGCAAAAAGUUAAAAUCAAAAAGUAAAACUCAUUAAAAAAUGUGAUAAAAUCGAACACACAAGUUUAGUACAAAAAACACCAGCAGAUAAACAAUAUUAGAAAAAAUUUAUUGUAAUAUUUUAAUUAUAAAAUUAUCUAUUCGUUCCUAUUCAUCUAAAAAUAGUUAACAUCACUUUGGAUUAAACAUAACUUUUCAUUUGGUUGCGUUUUAUAAAUUUUUCAAAUUUUCUUCUGUAACGAAUAACAGCGUUGUAUGAUUUUUACUCCAUAGUGUAUUUGCAAUCAUAAGUUGACGAAAAAGAAAACAAAUUAUGCGAAGCUUGGCAACUCUGAUUUUCUAUUGUAUAUUUGCCACAAAUUAUACUUUGUAUUGGGCCUCCCAACUGGAUCAACUCCUUUUGAAUAUAUU